AUGGCACACCAACGUCAAGAGACGGAGCUUCCACUCUUAUACAACGGAGGACAUCAAGACCGACAGGAGCCAAGGAGAUUGACCAACUCUGAGCGCUUUCCUGUCCGAACUACUCAAAACUUCGCCAACGGUGAUAUGAACCGUUCCAGGACAACCUCUUGGUCUGUUGACCCCGAUCAAGAAGGCAGUGUGCUCGAUGGCUAUGCCACUGAGACAUCUUCUUCGACACAAACCAUGGUCAUCCCCAAUACGAGGCCGAAUGAUGCCAGUAGCGACGCUCAGUCGAAACUUUUGCGUCCCAAGGAGACCCCCAUACACAUGGAGGGAGAUGGGAGCGACAAAUGGCAUCCGUUUUGGUUGCGUCCGUCCGUACUCGGGAUAUUUUCUGUCUUCUUCCUGUGCUGUGCCGUGGCCCUUCCGGUAAUAUUGGUGUUAUCAAACAGGAACAAUGGACUUUUAGAAGCCCGGAGGGAUCUUGAACAAUUAUGGAGAUUCGGCCCAACUGCCGUAUUCACUCUCGUCACAGUCUUCUGGAGCAGAGUCGAGUUGCAGACUCUGAGAUACUUCCCCUGGGUGCAGUCUCGACAUUCGCAAGACUUUUAUGCUUUGGACUAUACAUCCAAGAUAUCGCCAAUCAUCUUGGUCCAGUCUCUGCGUAAUAAACAUUUCAUGGUGUUUAUUAUCACGCUCACCACAAUCCUGCUCAAAGUCCAGAUUGUUCUUAUGCCUAAUUUGUUCUACCUGAAGACUGUUUGGGUCUCCAGGCCUAUUGACAUACAAAUCUGGGAUUCUUUCGAGACGGGUGAUAAAGAUGGGUUCAACUAUCUGGCUGAUGGCUAUUACAAUGCCCGGGCGAUCAGGGACUUCAAUACAGGGAUUCCCUUCGGGGUUGGGAAUAACUCACUAUAUCAAACUUUUACAGAUGCAACAAGGGCCAACAAAGACGCUCGUGGCACUAUUGAUUCGCCUAUCACCGCUCGAGUGGAUGGGUUAUUCUUCGAUGUCGAAUGCCGAGAAUUGGAGAGUUGUACCUCAACUGUCUUUCACGGACCCCGCUUUAACCGGUCAACCGAGGCAAAUGAGACAUCGGUACGCCUUGAUCUCAAAUUUGAAGAUUGUUCCCAACCAAUCCAGGUAAAGGUAUUGGGGGUCACUAACUCCUCCGGUUUACCAUGGCCGGAACAAAACUUCUGGAAAACGUUCGGAACCCCGAACAAUUGCUCCGCGCUCCCCCACCAGUUCCGGCAAUUCGUAUAUGUGGCAGCAAAAUGGACACCCUCGCCAGAAAAUAGGUCCAUCCCUAUCCAAAACGCCUGUGCCGCCGUUCUUUGUUCGCACACGGCUUGGGUAUCGAAAGUGGAUAUUUUGGAUGAUGGGAAUAAACCUAGCAUGGCAAUACCACAAGAUCAAACGAAGAAUCCCAUAAAAACGAGCAUAUAUCAACUCCUCUGGAAAUCGAUUCCCGAAUUACUUGGAGGUAACAGAUGGUAUUUCCCCUUACUACCAGACGGUGGGAUUUCAACAAUAUUCGGGAAAGUAAACGGUGACCUCAUGGUGAAUACAUUCUUACGCGAAUCCCUCGAUAUAAGCGUCAAGUACAUCAACGGGACUCCUGAUUCGAUAUAUGAUACAAAGCUUCUGCACGGGUCUGUGUUGAACGUGACACAAACCUUAGGUUCUAUUGUUGCGCACCACCAGCUUCGAAAUAAAGAAGAAAUCCGGACAAUAGGGUCAAGGCCUUUCGAAACUGCUAGGCUCCAGCUCAAUCAGCCAGUCUGUAUCUGCUUAGUCGUAUUCUCCACGCUCUUGGCAAUUAUUUCUCUAUGGGCUAUGCUCAAAUACAGAGGAAUGUUUGAAGACUGGGAUAAAGAUCCAGCCACAAUUCUUGGUUUAAUGGAUUUUUUUCAUGGCAAAGGGCUUGAUUCUGUUCCCUCUUUAUGGCAAAAGAGAGGAGCCAGAUCCAGGUUAUGGAGACAGGUCCAGGACUCUCCUCUGCCCCUUCCAACCUGGCUAAGGCUGAUCUUUACGUUAUAUGUUUUAGGGCUAAUUAUUAGUCUUAUUAUUAUACUUAAGGUGUCGAAAAUAUCUGAUGGAGUAGUGACUCUUGGAGAAGGAACUCCAUCUCUUUGGUGGACUGUGGCUCCUACCUUGGCUUUCUUCCUAGUCACACUUUACACUACUUCAUCAGAUACAGCGAUCCGUGACCUUGCUACCUACUCCACUCUUAGUACACGCUCCUGUACUAUAAGAGAGAUAGAUGUUUCAUUGUUGGACAUGCUUGGAUUGAGAGCUUUAUAUUACUCGCUAAGGUGGAAAAUAUAUUCAGUUACUCUUUCGCAAGUGUUGGCCAUGGCCUGCGCCUUCUUGGUGUCAUUUUCAUCUCUCCUUUUUACUUCUCAAAGUAUAUCCGGCAACUCCGCUAUCAACUUCAAGCAACAAAGUUGGUUUGGUUCUCGACCUCAAAUCCAAGAGACCGAAGCAGGAAAGCUGAACGAAACUCUGAUAUCAAGGUACGCUGUGGGAGGAUUAUUUGCUGCGGAGAGAAUCACCAACUUCACCUGGCCUGAAUUCACAUAUCGCGAUCUCAUCUUUCCCCGUCUAGAGGUCGACGCCCCCAACCGGGAUUGGAAUUCGAAUGUGACCUUUGAACUUGAAGCGCCGGCUAUCAAGUUGACGUCGGAGUGUACGCCGCUUCCUAAAGACGUGGUGACAUUCAAGCCCUUCUAUAAAGUUCCUGGCAUGAUGACGUUGGCCGGAGAUGUGAUUUACGCUUGCCCCAACGGUACCACUUUCAACGUCUCAUCCGACCCUUCCUCUGACUACUACGAAAAUUACUACAUAAUGGGGGAGUUUCCAGUUCCACCCGCUUUAUGUCCAACCGAUCGCUGGAUGAUAAAAACAUUCUAUUGGGGUAAGAGUGCGCAAAAACCGAACUUCGACCAUCUUGCCGUUUGGAGAUGUAACUACACUUGGUCUGAGAUACCAACGAAACUGCAUAUGCGUUGGAGCACGAACGGUCUGCAGAUAGAUCAUCAGAACCCUCCCAAGCCAGACUACUCUAAAGCGAAACCAUUAUAUCCACCAUUGCCUGCCCCAGAGUUUCCAUGGUGGGAUCAAUCUAUCUGGCCAGAUGUGUCAGUAGAUGAACCAGGACGUCCCUACAGGGGAGUCAAUGUUCGACUACGUCAUCUAUUUAACAUUGGCGGUGGUCCUUUGAACGAGACAGAUCUCGGUGAUCCAAACAUGGAACAAACAAUAUUGGGCAAUAUCCAGUCUAGCUAUAGCUUAGCUGCUGGCCAGUUAGCAAACGCUCUGAACCGACUCGAUCUCGAGGAAAAAUCAACAAUGGACCCUGAGCAUCCUGGAGAACUGCCCCUUCUUAGUGGGAUCGUAAUAGACAACAGGCGACUCCGUCUCAUCCAAAGUCCGCAAAUGACAUAUUUUGUACUCAGCAUUCUAGCACUUGCGUUUUUCAUUAAUACUUGGGCUUUAGUCUCAACUGGAUUAAGGCGCUGGGCUAACUAUAAAGGGAGAUGGUCGCUGGAUUUGGAGAUGAGAGACUUGGCACCGCCAGCUUUUAACAGCAUAGCCAUAUCGGAUGCCCUACUUUAUCCUUCGAACUAUCAGAAAUACAUGGGCUCGGUGGAAAAAAGUCAUAUGGGGUUGGAAGAUCUACGCUUCCGCCUGGGGUGGUUCAUGAGAAAGGGGGCACAGGAGAGGGAGCUGACAAUUGGCGUAAUGGAUGAUCCCGAGUUUCAGUUCUUGGGAGAGAAACAAUCGAAUCGAUGA